GUGGCAAUGCUCUUUGCGCAAAGGGAUUGCCGAACUCGAUGUUAGCAGCCCACUUUUGAGGCAGGCGCUGGGGUGGGAUGACGUUCUCGACCCCAUAUUGUUGGCUCAUCAGCUGGUCGGCCUGUCGGUGGCAUUCGAAAAUGGAAGGUCUGGGAAUUUCCGUCUUAUUCUAAAUAAGUGUGUUCCUGAUAUAUACAAGGCUUUGCAAGACGAGAUAGUAAUACAAGCAAGUGACGUUGAGGGGCCAUCCUCGCCAACGAUUCCAAAAAGUGACCACCAUACCAUCCCACGCUUGCGCGAAGAUUUUGACAAGGUCCUCAAAAUUAUAAGUGGCCGUGCCUGGAUUUGGGUGGGGGAUGAGUUUUUACCAACAACGCGUAUCGCCUUUUGUGCGCCCACCAAUGCUCGACCCUACUUAGUAAAGGUUCCUCCCGAACUUGAAAUGUUUGCGCCGCUUUUGCGUCUGCUGGGGGUACAAGAAAGCUUUACUCCUCAGGAUAUAGUGAAGGCACUCGAGGCUAUGUAUGUUUCGGCCGGGGGAGACGUCCCUCUCUCUAGCGCGGAUCUGACGCAAUCUUUGGCUCUGUUGAAUGCUUUGUACAAGACUCCUAUCGACGAACGUACUAAGGCCCUGCAAGAAGAUGGCGUUACUGUCUAUGCCCCUGCGGAGGACGGCACUAUGCACCGAAUCGACGAACUUUGUUUUGGGGACGCUCCUUGGCUUCUCGCGGCCAUGCCACAAGGUCAAAUAAAUUUGAAAUUCGUCCAUGGAGGUGUGAAAAAAGACAUUGCGCGGUCAUUGGGUGCGCGAAGCUUGCGAGAGGCGCUUCUAGCCAUACAAGGCGUCAUGGCAUCCAUUCCCUGUGCAUGCUCGCAGGAUAUUCUUUCCAUUUUGACACCGGCACUCCUCCAUGCCUCUCAGGACGAGGGGAGAAGCAGAAUCACGGCGGAAUUAGGGUAUCAGGCCAUUAUGGACCUGGUCGAGUUGGCUGACGAUGUUGGCUGCCCGGAGCUUGAGAUGCUUUUGGACGAGCGCGAGCACAAGAAAGAGAGCCUGCUGCACCCGCGGUUAGCCGAAACACAAGGUCCAGCCUUAAUUAUACACCUCAAAGAUGUAGUGCUUGGCUUCGAUGAUUUGAUCCGGCUGACCUCCCCUUCUAGGCUAAGAAACCGUCCAAUUAUUCGGCCGUACCCUCCCUCGCCAAAAGCGUCCCUGGGGGGAUCUUAUCACGGCGCUUCGAGUCACCUUCGCGGUUUGGGUGGGAGAGAUUCUCCUUGCAAUACAGAUCAGGAGCGGCAAUCUCAACACCAGCAAUCGAGACGGCUCGAACAGAAACUGCAAGAGGAAGACAGGUCAAGUGGUGGAUAUGGAUGGCCGGUUGCUGGGCUCGGCCUUUGCUCCCUUUUCCACUUGACUGACGUCUUACAGGUUUUGAGCGGUGAUCAAUUUGUCCUUUUUGAUCCAUGUGGCUCGCACCUUGUGUCGGAAGUCGAAGUGGAGCGUCUACGGCACCAAGAUUCUCAAGAAACAGAGCCGCACAAUGUAGAGGGAACGCGACGUAAAUCAUCCUCAC